AAAUGCGAAAUAAAAAAUGAGUUAAAGAUGCCGACUGAGUGCGAGAGUAACUUAAAACACAAAAAAAAUAUCUUUACAAUGAUUAAAACGAGUAUUUAGCACAAUGGGCAAAGUAUAUGAGUACAAAAUAUUUCAGAAAUUUCAUAGCAAAGUGUUUAUUAUUUAUCGCACGGAGUAUGAGGAAAUAUCAUUCACAUUUAACGUAAUAUUAAAGCAAGUAACCGCUGUUUUGCGCCAAUUUAGUCGUUAUAAUAUAUCCCCUAAUACCGGCAUUGCAUUACGAUUAGAAGGACAUUCACCUUACAGUAUUAUUCUUAUCCUGAGGUGAAAUAUUGUUUGGAAAUUAAAAAAAAAUUAAUUGUGUUCAACAUUUUUGACAUUAUUUACUGCAGCAUUCUCAACCAUAAUUGUUACUUCAUUCCUCUGCAUUCUACAAAUUCAUACCCAAAUUUCGAAGGUGUUUUAAAUGAACAUGGUGCAAAAUAUCUAAUAACAGACCUCAAAUAUGAUGAAAAUAGAUAUUGCAAAGAAAUUGGCCUUUUGAAGGUUCUGGACAAAAAAAAUGUACUUCCAUGAAAACACAGGCUUGGAUAGAAAAUUAUAUAAUGAGGGUUAUGAUCUUUGCUAUAGUAUUUCAACAUCAGGAAGUACAGGUCUUCCGAAAAUCGUACAAGUACCUUAUUCUCGUGUGGAACCAAAUAUUUUAGUAUUAUGUUCAUUGUUAAAAUUAUCGGAAAAGGACGUAAUAUAAUUGUGUGCACCAUCCACUUUUGAUCCUUUUGUAGUAGAUUUAUUUUUGGCACUAAAUUCCGGAGCGACUUUGUUGAUUUGUCCUGCUAACUUGAGAUUGAAUCCCAAAAAAAUGCUUAGUAUUCUUUGGCCUCGUGGCCAACGGGGUUUAAAAGGAACAACUAUUUUGCAGGCAACUCCUUCAUUUUUCCGACUAUUCGGAGAAGUUCUUAUUAGAGAAGUCAUAUUACAUGAAAACAAUUCAUUGCGAUGUUUAAUUUUAGGUGGAGAAAAUUUUCCCAGCAGAAAGGAAUGGAAUUCUUGGUUGCCAAAUGUACCUGUAAAAACGCGUAUUUUUAACAUUUACGGUACAACGGAAGUGUCUUGCUGGUCCACAAUACAUGAGUGCGAUUUCAAUGACCAAUGGGAAAGAG